GGGCUGCGAAAAUACGAUAGCAGAUUUCCUGAGCAGGAGGACGAUAGAUCCAGGAGAAUGGUCUCUGAACAGGGACAUCUUCCGGAAGAUCUCGGAAAGAUGGGGCCGUCCGGAGGUAGACUUGUUCGCCUCCAGAAAAAAUGCGCAGGUGGAAUGCUUCUGCUCCCUAAACCGGGAAGACAGACCCUGGGCAAUCGAUGCCCUAUCGAUACACUGGAAUUGGAACCUGGCCUACGCCUUCCCCCCAAUACCUCUUCUUCCCAGGGUCAUCCAGAAACUCCUAGGGGAACCAACUACUCUGAUCUUAAUAGCCCCUUUGUGGCCAAAGAGGAGUUGGUUCUCCACCCUAAAACAGCUAUCGCUGGAGGAUCCAUGGGAGAUCCCUUUCCAGAAAGAUGUUCUAGUCCAGGGCCCUCUACUUCAUCCAGACCCCGGGAUAUUCAAACUGUCAGUCUGGAUCCUGAGAGCGAGACAUUAAGAAACAGGGGUCUUUCAGAAAAAGUGAUAUCUACCCUAAGGGCCAGUAGGAAAAAUGUGACGUCUGCCAUCUACCUAAAGAUCUGGAAGAGAUACUGUUCCUGGUUAGGAGUGGAGCGCCCAGACACCUCCUCCCCUCCCAUCAAUAGGAUCUUGGAUUUUCUACAGUGCGGCUUGGAAUUGGGCCUAAGACCUAGUACCCUGAAAGUCCAGGUUUCUGCUCUCAGCUCCUUUUAUGACUGCAGCCUAGCUAGCCACAGAUGGAUCAGGAGGUUCUUUAGAGCGGUUUCAAGAUUGAGACCCUCUCUGAAAUCGAGGGCUCCUACUUGGGACCUUAACAUAGUCCUAGAAGGCCUAACGAAACCUCCCUUCGUACCGUUAUCAGAAAUCUCUUUAAAACACCUUUCCCUAAAAACUGCCUUGGAGAGAUCCAGGCCCUUUCUUGUAGGGAACCCUACCUCCAGAUCACCCAAGAUCACAUCCGUUUAACUCUCGAUCCAGGUUUUCUCCCAAAAGUAGUCUCCCCCUUCCAUCGGGAACAGGAGAUCUUUCUACCUUCCAUCCCCAGAUCUGAAUCUUCAGGGUCUAGUGUUAAUUUACAUCUCUUAGAUGUCAGGGAUACAGUGAUCCAGUACCUGGAUUAUACCAGGGACUUUAGGGUUGAUGGCAAUCUCCUUGUUCAGUU